UGAAAACCCUGCGGCUGCGAAUCAUCUCUGCUUUCCCUAAUUAAUCAAGCAACGCACAUAUGAUGAUGAUGAUGGCCAACGAAUUGCCUGAAGACUUGGUAACGCAGAUUCUGCUAUGGCUUCCGGUCGUCUCUCUCUUGCGAUUCAAGUGCGUCUGCAAAUCCUGGUACGCUCUCAUCACACACCAAAACUUCUUAAGAAAACACCUCCUACACAACAAGAACAGCAACACCCACCUUCUCCUUAAAACGUUCAACGAAACAAUGGAAGAUUAUUUUGUAUCCACGAUUUCUUAUGAAGAACUCCAAAUAUCCCUUACACAACCUCUACCUCCUCCGUUUUUUGGGAACGGCGAGAAGUUUUGUAUUUCUGUGGUGGGUUCUUGCAAUGGUCUCGUUUGUCUCCACGCUUACGAUACAUUGAAUGUUGUUAUAUGGAAUCCUACAACUAGAGAAACAAAGGUUGUCCCCGAAUCAAACCUGCCCAUCUUCGCUCCCGCUGGCUAUUGCACCCGUAUUCAAGGUAUGGGAUUUGGUUUUGAUGCCAAAACUAAUGACUACAAGAUAAUCAGCUUUGUUAGUAUGUAUGAACCCAAUUUCGACGACUAUUUUAUUAAAGACGUUAAAGAAAUCAUAUACCAAAAAGAGGUAUACAGCUUAAGCACCGAUUCUUGGAGAAAAGUUGAUGGACCCCAGUGUUUUAUUCCGGACUUUAGCUCGAUGACGUACACCACCGGGAUGGGUUCUUGGCUGGCAUAUGUUGAAGACCCGAAGUUAUUUGUUUUGUCAUUUGACAUGAGCGAUGAGGUAUUCCUAGAAACACCACUUCCAGAUAAUGUUAAUGGGCAAGAGCUUUUCGUGUUGAAUGAAUCGAUUGCCAUGGUUGCUUUCAUGCCGGUUGAUGAAAAAUGGAGGGAGAUCCGAUAUGAUAUAUGGUUGUUGCUUAAAGUUGGUGUUAAGGACUCCUGGAAUAGGCUUUUUACUAUUAGACCAUCUUUUGCAAAAAUUCACCAACCAUUAGGAUUUUGGAAGAAUGACACCAUGUUCUGGAAUAAAAUUGAUAACGGACAACUGUUCUUGUAUGACCUCUCUACCAAACAAAUGACUGGUCUCCAAAUUCAUGGGCACAGUAACUCGAUGCAGUUGGUUACUUACAUGGAGACCCUAAUUUCUGUCAAGGGAGGAAAUGAAUCUAAAGAAUAGGACAAUAUAUCGUUGACAAGGCUUGACGGCCCAUCUUUCUAUAUCUGUUCCAAUUGUGUUUCAAGGCAGCAUAUAUGCGCUGAGAUAAUAUAUUAUGCUUAUUCUUGUCAAAGAUGUCUUUCUCAAAUAUUUAUACACUUACAUUUAACCCAUAUUUUUUUUGGAGCAA